AUGGAGGACCAUUUUGUGCUUCAUGUGGACAAUUUGCUGAGAGAAUCAACAGCAGAAGCAGCUGCUGAAGUAAGAAAAUUAUCUGUGGAAAAACCUGAGAAAAAUGAUAUUAAUGAUGAAACAAUUGGUAAGAUUGUAGAUUGCAGAAUUUGCCAUGAUGAAGAUGAUGUCUUCAAAAUGGAAACUCCAUGCUCUUGCUGUGGCACUAUGAAGUAUGCUCAUCGAAAAUGCAUACAAAGGUGGUGUGAUGAGAAGGGUGAUAUCAUUUGUGAAAUAUGCCGACGGCCAUUCAUGCCUGGCUAUCAUGCACCUACUAAGCUCUUCCAGUAUGGAAUGAUGACUACGAACAUGAUAACAACAGCACCGUUCAAUGAAGAAACAAUACCAUCUGAAUAUGAUGAGUACUCCAUUUCAAGAAGAAGAAGCAUUAUAUACUGCCGUUCCAUAGCUAUAAUAGUGAGUUCUUUUUACUUGUUAGAAAGAGAAAUUUCGCACUGAACUUUUAC